AUGUGGAAUCUCAUGGAACGAUGUGGAAUCUCAUGGAACGAUGUGGAAUCUCAUGGAACGAUGUGGAAUCUCAUGGAACGAUGUGGAAUCUCAUGGAACGAUGUGGAAUCUCAUGGAACGAUGUGGAAUCUCAAGGAACGAUGUGGAAUCUCAUGGAACGAAGACGACUCUCGGGUUUCGGCGUGCAGUCUCGAAGAGGAAGGUGAGGAGAGGAACGGCAUUAGUCGCGCUUGA